AUGAGCACCCCUCUUGAUUUUCUCUCGAGACUUCUGUCUUCGGUUUGUUGUAAAAAGAUUCUCCGUCAUAAUCACAUGAGCUUUUGUGUUCGUCAUCACGCGCACACCACCACCACUACUACCGCUUUUAAGAGUCAAACGACAACAAAAACAACCAAAUUCGUUACUGCUGAGUAUUUAUUCGUAUCAUCCAACAGCAGGAAUAGGAGAAGAAAAAGGUUGGUUGACGUUUCUUCUCCGCGGGAAGUGGGUGGUGGAAGCAUGUUUUUGUCGCGUCGACAAAUCCGAAGCGUCGUGGGAAUCGCCAGACGGCGGGCGACGUGCGCAUCGUCAUCGCCGUCGUCGUCGUCGUCGUCGUCAAAUAGAAAAAUUUCGAACGAGAGCGCAUCUACGUCUUACGCGAAGAAUCAUAGGGAUGUCACGGCCCCGUUCCAUCCGGGCGGAGACCAACCUUCAGCGAUUGCAAAAACUCUGAAAUUGUUAAAAGAGAAGGACAGGAAGUUUGUCUCUUUGCGCGGCGCCACGGGUACGGGGAAAACGUUCGUAGUCGCGAACGUCAUCGCGGAACAUGAGAAGCCGGUAUUGGUUGUUGUGCCGAAUAAGACAUUGGCAGCGCAGGUUGCCAGGGAGUUGAGAGGGUAUUUACGAACGUCGCAUUUGGUUGAGCUUUUCGUGAGUCACUUUAGCGUCUACAUACCGGAGAGUUGUCGUGGAGGUCGAUACGUCGAAAAGAGAUCUGCGGUAGACCCGGAUUUAGAUGCAUUGCGACAUCGCGCGACGAGAGCUUUGGUUGAAGCGAAAUCGACGAAUAGAACACCAGUCAUUGUGGCUUCGGUGUCGUGUUUGUAUGGUUUGGGAUUGCCGUCAGAUUUUGUCGAUGCGGCUUUAUUUUUAGGCAAAGACGGUGAAGUGGGACAGUAUGGGAACACCGAGAAGAUCAUCAAUAAGCUCGAAACGGAGUGUCUGUAUGAACGCGCACCGGCGUUUGGAGCGGUCGAGCGUGGGCAGUUUAGAACGAGAAAUAAAGGAACAGACCAAGUAGAAAUCCGAGUAUGGCCGCCGUACUCAAAUGAACACGUGGAUAUUACGUUGGACAAACAUAGCGGAGAUUUCUUGGAAGGCAAACGCGUCGUAUAUAACGAAAAAGAACAACAACACGAGACUGAAUAUAUUAACGCCAUGACGAUUUGGCCGCGAGUGCACUACGUGACGCCAAAAGAACGCGUCACGAUGGCUGUAAAAUCGAUCAACGAGGAGCUGGUCUGUAGAGAACACGAGCUUCGGGAAGAAGACGCUGUGUUAGAGGCGGAUAGGUUGAGGCAGAGAGUUUCUGCAGAUUUAGAAAUGCUCAGAGACAUAGGAUGGUGUCCAGGCGCGGAGCAUUACUCUAGACACCUCCGUGGAGCAAAACCCGGUGAGCCGCCAGUGACGCUGUUAGACUAUUUUUCUCAUGAGAACAAUGAAGACUGGUUACUGGUUGCCGAUGAAUCGCACGUCAUGCUGCCGCAAUUACGUGCCAUGUCUGGCGGCGAUAAAAGUCGAAAGGAAAGCUUAGUGAAGUACGGGUAUCGCUUACCUUCCGCUUUGGACAAUCGACCGUUAACUGGAGAUGAAUUCUGGCAACGCGUCCCGAAAUGCCUACUCGUCUCGGCCACUCCUGGUGACGACGAGCACGAGUGGUCCGGUGGCGAAGAAGGGAGCGUAGAUAUGGUUGUCAGACCAAGCGGAAUAUUAGACCCGCCGACGGAAGUGUUACCGAAGAAGAACCAACUUCCCAAACUCGCCUCCAUGAUAGAAAAGCGCGCACGGAAGGGUGAAGCUUCUCUGGUUUGUGCGUUGACAAAAGCUGAUUGCGAGGAUUUAGCUGCGUAUUUAACCGGCAAAGGAUUACGAGCGGAUUGGAUGCACUCUGAACUCGCAGCUCCGGAGAGAGCAAAACGGCUUGCAAAACUUCAACUCGGUGAGCUUGACGUAGUUGUUGGUGCCCAAUUACUUCGCGAAGGUUUAGAUUUACCUCGCGUUUCGUUGGUGGCUAUAUUAGACGCGGAUGUUUCUGGGUUUGCGAGAUCGUCGCGAAGUUUGAUGCAAAUGAUGGGCAGAGCGGCGAGAAAUAAAAGUGGCGAAGCUGUUUUAUUUGCAGAUAAAGAAACUGACGCAAUGAAGUCCGCUUUGAAAGAAGUCGAGCGGAGACGUCGAAAACAAGCGUUGCACAACGAAAAGUACAAUGUGACGCCAAAAUCUGCCACACAAGGAAGUGAAUCCUCGGAGCGGUCCUUAUUUGAUAUCAUGUCUGAAGAAAUUGACGCCGAGAAAAUGUCCGUAGGAACUAUGCUAUCCAAAAGUAGUUCUAAUAAUAGCGAUAACAACAAUCAUGGUGGAACUAUAAACGACGAAGAAGUGGAGCGCGCUUUGGAGAGAUGGCGACAACGACGAGAACCUAACUCGGAAGGUUUCAUAAGAGCGACGACCAAGACGAAAGCUUUGGAAAGGAAAAUGAAGGAGGACGCAUUAGCUGAAAGACAAAAGCGGGAAAAUCAAGCGUAUAUGGAGAAAGAUGGUACGAUACUGGGAGAUUUGAUGGACGCUUCUGGAAAAUCCUCCUCUUCCUCUCUCGGCAACGCCGAAGCGAUUCUUACGAAACACUACGGUUUCGACGAAGCUACAAUUUCUCGAGUGAAGAAGAUCCGCGAGAUGCAGAAAACACUUCCUGCCAAAUGUGGCGUGUACCGUUUUCUCGAUAAGAACGGCAAGUCCUUAUACGUUGGCAAAGCGAAAUCUUUGCGCUCCAGAACCUCCUCGUAUUUAACUCCAGGCGUCCUUGACAACUCGGCUCGUCACCGGGCGUUGUUAUACAAGGCGGAGUCAAUAGAUUGCGUUUUGACACCGGGUGGCGAAGCCGAUGCACUCGCACUAGAGGCCAGAAUUAUCCAACGUGAAAGGCCGCGAAUGAACAUCUUGCUCAAAGACGUCCCGAGAUCCGAAGCUGCGUAUAUUGUUCUCUCGCCUGACGGUAAAAUGUUUGUCGUAAACAGCUCAUCUAAAGAGACAUCCGACCCUAGAACUUUCGAUAAUAAGUGGAUAUUUACGCAGACAACCUACAGAGAGGCACGUAAUUUGUCACGUAGCGUAGAUACGGCGCUUGAUCUUCGAGGAGCGCGUUUCCGCGUGAGAUACGGCGACCAAGAUGCAACGGAAACGCUGAACAAUCGCAUCACAGCGGCCCGCUUGAUUUUCGAGAAUAAGAUUGGAGAGGCAAUGGAACACGUGGAAAACACGUGCGCAAACGAGGACCCAAGAAUUGUGGAUAGACUAAAGUCGUUAUCAAACACGUGGAUACAAAAUCUUGAGGAUUCCAAAAGUAACGGCUCGUUAGCUGCGUUCUUAUCGCUCAGUGAGGAGGAGAGGAAAAAUUGGAAUGUGGACGUAUGCGCAGCGGUGAAAUCUGGAAGAUUCAUUUCCGUGAAAAUCGCGCGCGUGAGAGACGGAAAUGUUUUGGAUGUUUUAGGGACGACGGUUGAAACGUACGAUGACAACGACGAAGAUGAAUCAACAACCCUUGAUUUGGCCGAGGCUUGUCAGCGCACCAUCGAGUCCACGUACGCGUCGGCGCGAUUGGUUUCGUUGCCCGAUUCAGUGUAUAUUCCCCACAAAUUCCAAGACGCGAAAGAAGCUGGAGUGGCGUUCAAGUCGCUCGGUAUCCGUAAGCGUAUGGUUAAAACGAAGAAGAAUGAAACGUAUUUGAACGCUUUGGCGAGCUUAGCUCUGGAAAAUGCCCGAGAAGAAGUGGAAUCGAUCAAAUCUGAAAAUGACGUUUUGACGACGCUUUCCUAUGCCUUAAACAUGGAAUCACCUUUGACUUCUACUCUCGCGAACCUCUCGGACCUUUCUAUCGAAGGUUUAGAUUGUUCACAUUUUGCGGGCGAACACGCCGUAGCCGCCUUCGCGCGUUUCGAUGGUUCCACGGAGUCCUCUGGUAAACACAAAGUAUAUAACCUUCCUGUGAAUUUGGUGAACCCGUCGGAUGAUUACGAAGGCAUUCGAGUAGCGAUUUCAAAAAGAUGCCAAUCGCAGACGCCUCUGCCGGAUGUUAUCUUAGUCGAUGGUGGAGCCGGUCAGUUAAGAGCCGCAAAAGAUGCGCUCGAAGCUGAAGGUGUUGGCAUCACCAACGUGGUCUGUCGAUCUGACCUCGAAGACCCUUCGUACUGCGAAACCGGCAAAGCGUUGGAAAAAUUAGUCUUUUCACGUCGAGUCGCUUUAGCAUCGCUCGCAAAAGGACGCAGUUCUGGCACUGAGCGCGUUUUCUUAGUUGCAGAAGAAGAAGGAGAAAAAGAAAUCGAGCAAAGCACGACCGACACCGCCUUCACGCUUGGUAUAGGCGUCGAGACGGUUGUUGACGGUCCCGCUAUGCACUUGUUACGUAAAGUUCGCGACGCAUCCCACAGCGUCGCCAUAGGUAGUCAGCGAAGACGCAGACGCGAGUCCAGGUUCAGAGAGUUCAUCGCGAAAGAAGAAUUAGAAGAAGACGACGAAGUAGUCUCGGUUUAG